AUGAGGAACAAGUCCUCCCCACCUGCCGCCGCCCCCUCCCACACACACCCCUAUAAUGUCCUCCGGCCUAACAUGUCGAGACCCGUCAAGACCGAUUCCUCCCCCUGUCGUCAUGACAUCGAGAAAACGUUUUCGUCCGCCAUGAAUAGUUUGGCGCAUCCCCAGCGCAAGUUCGCCGCAUCGGAGAUGAAAGGGAUAGUCCCCAUCCUAAUUGUGUAG